AUGCAUGAUGUUCAUUUAUGGAAACCAAAUGGAUACCCUUCGCCUAUUUUGUUAAAAUUGAUGAGGGAUAUAGUAUCUGGGCUUGUUCAUUUGCAUGAAUUAGGGAUCAUUCAUCGGGAUUUAAAGCCACACAAUGUGUUAAUAGUCAAAGAAAAAUCAAUAUGUGGGAAGCUUUCUGACAUGGGAAUUAGCAGACGCCUCGUUGGCGACAUGUUGUCAUUAGGACUCCAUGCUACUGGUUCCGGAAGUUCAGGGUGGCAAGCACCCGAACAACUUCUUCAUGGACGCCAAACACGUGCGAUAGAUUUGUUCAGUUUAGGUUGUGUCCUGUUUUUCUGCAUGACAUGUGGCAGACACCCAUUUGGUGAUCAUCUUGAACGUGAUGUGAAUGUGGUCAAAAACCGAGUCAACCUUUUUUUAGUUCGACAUAUUCCGGAAGCUUUUGACCUCUUCUCUAGAUUACUAAACCCUAACCCUGAACUCAGGCCAAGGGCUGUGGAUGUGUUGCAUCAUCCUUUGUUUUGGGAUUCCGAGGUGAGAAUGUCGUUUCUAAGGGAUACUAGUGAUCGGGUGGAAUUGGAAGACCGGGAAUGUGAUUCCGUUCUUCUUAGGGAAUUGGAAAGUAAAGGUUCGGUGGCUUUGGGUGGAAAAUGGGAUGAAAAGAUGGAACCGGAAUUCAUCAAUAACAUUGGUCGGUAUAGGCGGUAUAAAUACAACGGUGUGCGUGACUUGCUUCGCGUCAUUCGAAAUAAAUUAAAUCAUUACCGCGAAUUACCCAAAGAAAUUCAGGAAUUGUUGGGAGGUGUACCGGAGGGGUUUAAUGAUUAUUUGGGAGUCGGUUCCCGAAGCUGUUGAUGGAGGUGUACAAUGUCAUGUACCAUUAUUGUAAGGAUGAAGAAUGGUUCUAUAAGUACUGGAGCAUUAAUUAUGUAUUGUGUUUGUGGCAACUCUUUUAAGUUGUUUAUAUUUAUGUAUAAAUCUAUUUCAUAGUGGUUGUUUAUGUAAAUAUGAUAUAUGUAAUAUAUAGUAAUGUAUGAUAUACAUCAAUAUUAAUAUAUAUGAAUCUUUAUUGUAUGGAAA